UUAUAUGGGCAGGGUCAGGUUUAUACUCGCCUCCAGCAAAGUCUUUCUUUUUUAUGCAAUAAGCUUCUAUUGUUGGUUCUACUUGCAUUUGCUUAGCAUCUUCUAGAAACUGCAUCCUGCUAUUGCCUGGUGCCUACUUAAGUUGUUUCUUCUCCUUGAUUAGUCGGCGUAUGAUCAACUCCUCGCAUCAGAAAUUGAACCUGCUGCUACAUCUAAUAAUUUGCUUUGCUUGACCUAAUAAGUUGGUUAUUGGUGUCCACCGGCCUUUUGCUAUUUAUUCGGCUAAUUAUGCAGGAAAUAAAUGCUGCAAUUGCCUAGUGCACGUUGUUUCUUCUCCUUAGUUGACGCAUCAACUCCUCGCAACAGAAAUUGAACCCGCUGUUGCUAGUAAUUUGCUUUGCUAGGCACAAGUUGGUUGCCAGUGUCCAACUUUACUUAUUUCUUCUGCUAAUCUAGCACGCAUCGUAGAGCGGAGAAAGGAGAGGGAACAUCGGAGAAGAUGAAAUAUUAGGAAGAGGGGUUAGAAGUAGAUAAAGAUUACGAAGAGAAUGGAAAGAAAAGGCAUGGUAAUAUGAUAUAUAAUCUUGUAGGGUUUUAUGCUUUUUUAUUUUUUAUUUUACUUGUUUUAAGUCUUUUGGGCCUAAAAAUAGACCCUCAGUGCAGUUGAUCUGGAGGCGCUAAUCGGACAACGGCUAGGGCUCCAAAGAAUUGAGCUUGCAACUAGAUUUGCUGUUACUUGUAAUUUGCUUAGUUUAAUUUGGUCAUCAUCAUCAAUUUCUUCAGUUUCAUCUAUUAAACUUACAGCAUCUUCCAGGAAAUGCACCCUGCUAUUGCUUAGCGCCUAUUUAAGUUGUUUCUUCUCAGUUGGCUCAUCAACUCCUCGCAUCGGAAACUGAACCUGCAGCUACUUCUAAUAAUUUGCUUUGCAAGGCCCAAGUUGGUUAGCAGUGUCCAACUUUACCUAUUUCUUCUGCUAAUCUUGCAUUAAAAUACCCAUCAAUCAAACCUCUCUUUAUCAGAAAGAUCAGGUUUGCAAUUGCAAUCAAGAACUGUUGCACGCUACUUGUAAUCUGCUUGGCCCAAUUUGUCUGUGUCCAAUUUCUUGAAUAACUUCUUCUAGACCUGCAGGCCACAAAACUGAUUAUAAAAAAGAAGAGUUUUAAGGGAAGUCGAUGGUUGACGCUCAUGUCUUCUGCCUUGGGGAACGUGCAAAGCUGGAAAAAGCUAGGCCCCAGCCAUGGUCUCUCAUUCGUGGGACUGUUGGUUGUCGCGGUGCUGAACCGACGUGAAGGUAAGGGAGAAGCAUCGGUUCGUUUAGCUACUCACGGAGAAGAUGGAUUCUGGCGACCGGCAUACUGUCGUCGGUGCUCUGUUGAUGUGCGCCGUCUCGAUCGUAAAAAAGGCAUUGGCCAGAAAAAUAUUAACAAAAAGGGUAGAGAAUCAUGGCAAAAACUUAUUUUUAGUUUCUUAUUUUGUUAAGUUUAAAAGGUUUAAUCUUCCACUUUAUUAAAUUUAUGAGGAUAAA